GAGUUCGCGGCGGGUCGCCGCAGUCACUCACCUGGACGCCUCGGUCUGAGCGCGCACGGCCUGCGCGUCCUCCGCCCGCCAGUCCGCCUGCCCGUGACCCAUGUCCCGCCGCAAGGCCGGCUGCACGCCCCGCCGAAUAGACCCCGCGCCCGCCGCCAACCCAGACGACGAGACGGAGAUGCCAGACCUCGUCAUCUGCAUGAAGCCCGAGCCGGACGCGCGGCCCCUACAGGCCCCGGGGCUGGGGCCCUUCAACCCGAAGGAAGUGCCCGCGCCGGGGCUGUCGGAAGGCGAACACCGCCACCCCCACGGCCCCGUGCCCGCCGCCGGCCUCAUCCACGCUCUCGGCCUGCGCAGCCAGUGCGCGGCGUGGACGCCGCUGACCCCGAACCCUCAGGACCGCCAGCCGUGGACCGACAAACACCCAGAUCUGUUGACCUGUGGCCGCUGCACGCAGACCUUCCCAUUGGAGGCCAUCACUGCUUUCAUGGACCACAAGAAGCUGGGCUGUCAGCUCUUCAGAGGCCCCAGCCCCAGCCAGGGCUCAGCACGGGACGACCUGAAGGCUCUGAGCUGCCUCCGCUGCGGCCGGCAGUUCACCGGGGCCUGGAAGCUGCUGCGCCACGUCCAGUGGGACCAUGGACUGUCCAUCUACCAGACGGAACCCGAGCUCCCGGAGGCCCCUCUCCUGGGCCUGGCCGAGGUGGCCGCGGCCGUGUCGGCUGUGGCGGGGCCGGAAGCCGAGGCCAAGGGCCCCCGGGUGGGGCACCCCCGGCGGAGCCCCACCUGCCCCGUGUGCGCCAAGACCCUCAGCUCCUUCAGCAACCUCAAAGUGCACAUGCGCUCGCACACGGGCGAGCGGCCCUAUGCCUGCGACCAGUGUCCCUAUGCCUGCGCCCAGAGCAGCAAGCUCAACCGCCACAAGAAGACCCAUCGGCAGCUGCAGCCCCAGAGCCCCUGCUCAGCCGGGUCCAGCCAGGAGCCGGCCUCCGCUGCCCCUCCAGAGCCGGCCGCCCAUGCCGCCGCCCCAGCCAGUGCCCUCCCGUGCAGCGGCGGCGAGGGGGCUGGGGCCGCCGCCACGGCGGGUGUCCAGGAACCCGGGGCCCCCGGCGGCGGGGCUCAGGCGGGCCCCAGCGGGGACGGCUGGGCAGUGGCCACCAAGGAGCAGAGGACUGACCCCGCCAAGACCCAGAAGACGUCACCCAAGAAGGCGCCGAAGGCGGUGGGCAAGAGCCGGGGCCCCGGGCCCGGGGGCAGCUGCGAGUUCUGCGGCAAGCACUUCACCAACAGCAGCAACCUGACGGUGCACCGGCGCUCGCACACGGGCGAGCGGCCCUACGCCUGCGAGCUCUGCUCCUACGCCUGUGCCCAGAGCAGCAAGCUCAACCGCCACCGCCGCAUGCACGGCCUGGGGCCCGGCAGCCCCCGCUUCGAGUGCCCCCACUGCUGCGUGCCCUUCGGCCUGCGGGCCACGCUGGACAAGCACCUGCGACAGAAGCACCCCGAGGUGGGCGGGGACGCCUGAGCAGCAGGGCCGCCCCCCCACGCUGUCCCUGGUGCCAGUUAACCACGUCUGUGACCUCUUUGUCCUUCCCCUGAGAGUAAAUCCUCCCCCAGCUCCA